UUGCCAUUUAGUGCUGGAGCACUGAUUCCGCUUGCACUAAUCUUGCUGAUUGUUGGGAUUUUGCUUUUCCAUUGCGGUUGGGCAGCACACCUUCUGGACGACAGCGGCCAAAUACCGAUCAAGAAAACAGUCACCACGACUACAACAACCUAUCAUGAUCCUGAGACAGAUCUCACUGAACAACGACUGUUCGAGUCCGCCUACAGAGAGCCUGUACCAGAGGUAAGGCAAGGCUACUGGCAAUUCGACGAGCGAGAGUCUUGGCAGGCUGUCGCGAAUCCUUAUCCAAUACAACACACGCUCAAACAUUGCUUGGAAAGACAGCCGUACUAA